AACUCCCUCACUUGUUGUCCUUGAUGCUCCUUAGUCCUCAGCCUCAAGUACACACACCUUUGUUUCCUCUACCUUGCACUAUGGCAGCAGAGAUGGCUCUUGUGAAACCAAUUUCCAAUGUGAGUCCCAAAUUUGGCAGCCCCAGAAUGGGUUCACGCUCCAAAUUCAGCAGCAGCAUAAGAAUGUCUGCCACUGCCACCCCACCACCAUCCACAAAGGAAAGCAAGAAGGGGAACAAGAGUGCCAUCAAGGAGACCCUUCUGACACCAAGGUUCUACACCACUGACUUUGAUGAGAUGGAGACCCUUUUCAACACUGAGAUCAACAAGAACCUCAACCAGGCUGAGUUUGAGGCACUGCUCCAGGAGUUCAAGACUGACUACAACCAGACACACUUUGUCAGGAACAAGGAGUUCAAGGAAGCUGCUGACAAACUUGAGGGUCCCCUCAGACAGAUCUUUGUUGAGUUCCUUGAGAGGUCUUGCACUGCUGAAUUCUCUGGAUUCCUUCUCUACAAAGAGCUUGGAAGGAGGCUCAAGAAAACCAACCCUGUGGUGGCUGAGAUUUUCUCUCUUAUGUCUAGGGAUGAAGCCAGGCAUGCUGGAUUUCUGAACAAGGGUUUAUCUGAUUUCAAUUUGGCUCUGGACUUGGGUUUCUUGACCAAAGCUAGAAAAUACACAUUUUUCAAGCCCAAAUUUAUCUUCUAUGCUACAUACUUGUCUGAGAAAAUUGGAUACUGGAGAUACAUAACCAUAUACAGACAUCUCAAGGCCAACCCCGAGUACCAAUGUUAUCCCAUUUUUAAGUACUUUGAGAACUGGUGCCAGGAUGAGAACAGACAUGGAGACUUCUUCUCUGCCCUCAUGAAGGCACAGCCACAAUUUCUAAAUGACUGGAAAGCAAAGUUGUGGGCUCGGUUCUUCUGUCUCUCGGUUUAUGUCACUAUGUAUCUCAAUGAUUGCCAACGUACAGCUUUCUAUGAAGGCAUUGGACUUAACACAAAGGAAUUUGACAUGCAUGUCAUCAUUGAGACAAACCGCACAACGGCUCGAAUUUUCCCUGCUGUUCUUGAUGUUGAAAACCCAGAAUUCAAGCGGAAAUUGGACCGGAUGGUGGAGAUAAACGAGAAGCUUAUUGCUGUAGGCGAGACCGAUGACAUAUCAGUGGUGAAGAACUUCAAGAGGAUCCCACUGGUUGCAGCCUUGGUGUCUGAACUCUUGGCCGCAUACCUAAUGCCACCAAUUGAGUCAGGGUCUGUAGACUUGGCAGAGUUUGAACCACAGCUUGUGUACUGAAGUUGUGUAUAAAUUUGUUGUCCAUUUGGUCUCCAUCAUAAUGUUCAUCUUGAGUGCUACUAAUAUUGCUGCCAAAGUAAAAUAUGGUUGUACAAGACAGUGAGGAAACAUUUACCAUGAUGAGGUCCUUUUUAGUUUAAUCAUCUUUUCUCCCAACCUUCUUUUUGUAUUUCCUUUUUUGUUGUUUUAGAAGUUCAUUAGGAGUCUUAACCUUUUGAGUUACUUAUCAAGAAAUGAUUCUUUCCUCACUC